AUGGCUCAAACUUCCGGCCUAGACAAUCCGGCAUACAAUAAAUCACAGUCCGAUUUGCCUGCAACGCAAGAUGAUUUUUGGCAAAAUGAAAAUGCUACAAAUGUUGAUGUCGAAGAUCCAAAUUCACCAAAGCGUGAUAAUUGGGGUAAUGACCUGGAGUUUUUAAUGUCCUGCAUUGCCCUCUCCGUUGGCUUGGGAAAUGUGUGGCGAUUUCCAUUCAUUGCUCUACAAAAUGGUGGUGGAGCCUUUUUAAUACCCUAUCUGAUAACACUUGUGUUGGUGGGCAAACCAGUCUAUUAUUUGGAAAUGAUUCUGGGUCAAUUUUCCAGUCGAGGAAGUCUCAAGGUAUAUGAUUAUGCGCCCAUUAUGAGAGGAGUUGGUUUUGGCCAAUACAUUGCCAUAUUUUUCGUAGCCGGUUAUUAUUCCUCAUUAAUGGCUCUAACAUUACGUUAUCUGAUUGAUUCAUUCUAUUCCACACUGCCUUGGAGUUAUUGCCGCGAGGAAUGGGGUGACAUGUGCAUCGAUUCCAAAUACAAGGAUGAAACGCCACCCACAGGUGGUGAAGUGAGGAAAACCUCAGCCGAGUUUUAUUUUGUCAAUAUAAUUCUGCGGGAGAAAGAUAACAUUGAUGAUGGCAUUGGAGUUCCCAACUGGACGCUGGCACUUACACUUGCCUUUGCAUGGAUUUGUAUUUCAGGGGUUGUCUUUAAGGGUAUCAAAAGUUCAGGCAAAGCCUCCUACUUUUUGGCCAUAUUCCCCUAUGUGGUAAUGUUGAUUCUUCUGAUACGCGCUCUAACAUUACCAGGCGCCUUUGACGGAGUGUUGUUUUUCUUAACGCCACAAUGGGACAUGGUACUCGAUGCCAGAGUAUGGUAUGCUGCUGUCACUCAGGUUUUCUUUUCACUCUCCAUUUGUUAUGGUUGCAUCAUCAUGUAUGCUUCGUUCAACCGUUUUCGUCACAAUAUCAGGAGGGAUUGCAACAUUGUAACAACAUUGGACACAUGUACCUCUAUGCUCUCGGGCAUUAUUAUAUUUGGCAUUUUGGGCAAUUUAGCCCAUGAGUCAAAUACCUCCGAUAUACAGAGUGUAGUAAAGGAGGGUCCAGGUUUAGCCUUUAUUUCAUACCCCGAUGCCAUCUCAAAAUUUCAAGCUGUACCACAAGUAUUCUCAGUCUUGUUUUUCCUGAUGUUAUUCAUAUUGGGUGUUGGCACCAAUGCCGGUGUCUUUUCGACAGUCAUCACUGUGAUAUGUGAUCGCUUUACAACGGUCAAACGUUGGAUUAUCCUUGUAGUUACAGCCUCGGUUUGUUACGGUUUUGGAUUGAUGUAUGUAACACCUGGAGGUCAGUUCAUGUUGAGCUAUAUUGACUUUUAUGGUGUAACUUUCGUUGCCAUUGUUUUGGCAAUAUUCGAGCUGAUAUCCGUGGCGUGGGUUUAUGGUGUUAAAAACAUAUGUCGCGACAUAAAAUUCAUGCUGGAUGUCAAUACCUCGAUUUACUACCGUAUCUGUUGGUCCAUCAUUACACCACUUUUUAUUACGGCGGUAUUAAUUUACAUGUUGGUCGACUAUGAACCGAUACAGUACAAUGGUGUACGAUAUCCUGAGGGUUUUUAUGCUCUUGGCUGGUGUAUCUCCGCUGUGGGUAUUAGUCAACUUUUAAUAUGGGGCUUCUAUGCCACACACAGUGCAGGUCCAGAUCUAAGCUUUGGUGAGCGUUUUAAGAAAGCUUUUAAGCCUCUUCCUGAUUGGGGUCCACUUGAUCCAAAACAUCUGAAGGAGUAUAAAAAAUUUGUCUCAGAUCAAGAAAUUCUAGCAGUGCGAAGAAAUGGAUUUUGGGGAAAGGUUUAUGAUAAUAUUUUUGGAUAGUAUAAUUGCAAUA